AUGCCAGGGCCCCGGUCCCGGCCUCCGGAAUCCCCUGGGCCGGGCCUGGGAAUCCGCUUUGCACAGGGGCCCGGGGCGACCUGGGCGUGGAGACUGCCGGGAAGCCCCGACCCGCCCCCAACCCGGGAUGCGGCUGCCCCACGACGUUCAUUCAUUCCCGCGUCGCUCGCUCCCUGGACAUCCACGGAGCAUCCGCACACGCACGACCCCCCACCCCUACUCUCCAGGGCCGCCCUCCGCCCUGCACCCGCGGCCUCGGCCCUGGGUCCUGGCGCCUUCCCCCGCGCCCCCCUCGCCCGGACCCCCUCCAGCCCCGGCCCCGCCCCCGCCCACGGCCCGCGACUGCGCUCUAGGCCCGCGCGCCCCGCCCCCACCCGCGACCUGCGCGUAGCAACCCCGAGGGGCGCGGGAGCCGGACCCUCUGCGCCCGCCCUGCAUCCGCGCCCUUCGGCGGCGACCCUCGGGGAUCGAGCCUGGGGCGCGGGCGCCAGGUGGGCUUCCGGGAGGAUGAAGCAGGCCCUGGUGGACGAUACUGAGGAUGUGUCCCUGGACUUCGGCAACGAAGAGGAGCUCGCCUUCAGGAAAGCCAAGAUCAGGCACCCCUUGGCCACCUUUUUCCACCUGUUUUUCCGGGUGAGCGCCAUCGUCACCUACAUGUGCUGCGACUGGUUCAGCAGGAGCUUUGUGGGCUGCUUUGUCACUGUGCUUCUCCUCCUGUCCUUGGACUUCUGGUCUGUGAAGAACGUGACGGGCAGACUCAUGGUGGGCCUCCGGUGGUGGAACCAGAUAGACGAGGAUGGGAGGAGCCACUGGGUGUUUGAAGCCAGGAAGGUCUCUCCAAACGCCAUCGCGGCCACAGAAGCUGAGGCGCGGAUCUUCUGGCUCGGCCUCAUCAUCUGCCCCGUGAUCUGGAUCGUCUUCUUCUUCAGCACCCUGUUCUCCCUGAAGCUGAAGUGGCUGGCCCUGGUCAUCGCCGGGAUUUCUCUCCAAGCUGCGAACCUGUAUGGCUACAUCCUCUGUAAGAUGGGAGGAGAGAGCGACCUCAGCAAAGUCACGGCCAGUUUCCUGUCCCAGACGGUAUUCCAGACGGUUUGCCCAGGUGACUUCCAGAAGCCUGGCCUUGAGGAGAUUCACCAGCGUUAGAAAUGGCUUAAAUGGGACUUUUCAUGAUCGAGCGAGCUUCCAACAGAGCAGAGUGCCACGGUCCCACAGCUGUUUGUUUCUACGUGAACCAAGCCUGGAGGAAAGGUUCGAGGAGGCGUUUUUAUUUUUAAAAUGGCACGUUUGAAAAAAAAUGCCCUUUACAUAUGUUCUAAGGAAAAGUGUACAAACAUUAGAUGAUUAAAGUGUCUCUGAGAAAGUGACUUCAAACCACACCAGCGUCUGGGGCCUUGCUGCCUGCGUCCCCUAC